UCAGUGUUAAAUGUAACAGGAAGUGGUUUAGACAAAAGAAGUUAUUAUUAUGUAAUUGUUCUGAUUAGCUGUAAUCAUAAUUGGUAGACACUGUUUUCUGUAUAUUUUCUGACACAAGGCCUAUUUUCAGCAUUUUCUUUGGAAAUUUAAUUGCUUUAACGAUUAAGUGAAUAAUUUGCUUAAAAUUUCCUGUUGAAAAUUGUACAUCUUUGAUUGAUUGUCCUGGUCUUCACUGAUGUCCUGUUGUUAGCUUCACAUGUUAGCUACAUGCUCCUUCUUUCUAACCAUGUCAUUAUUGUCUGCAUGUCCCUAACUCCUGUCUUCAAUUUCUCAUGCAAUUUGAAUAGUUUCUAGUUUAAUUUAAGAGUAGGUCCUUUCUUACAAAACAUUGAGAACUACUUCAUUUUAAGACUGGCUUGAGAUUAUUUUUCUUUUCACUCUGGUCCUCUGCCAUAUAUGAUAGUAUUUUUGCAGGAGAUUCUAAUUAUUGUUGUCCUAAAUUGUGGACUGAUGAGUGGUGUAAACAUGUAUCCCCUCAUUUAGCUAUAUAUAGAUUGUAUUAUGUAAUCCAUAGUUCAAAGCAGGAAAAAUUUGUUCUUUAAUAGAGAUUGUGUUGUACAAUCAAAUUUCAUCGUAUUAUAGUUCAAAGCUUGAAGCUGUUGCCCUUUACAUCUCAAGAGUUGGCUAGUGAAGGCUGAAAAAGAGAUUUAGACAGCAGAUUAAGUACCUUCCUGGUUAUCAGAACCUGUUUCCUACUCUCUGCUGGAUACCACAUUCCAGCCAGACAUUGUCUUUAUAAAGACUCAGUUUUCAUGCUCAAUACAGGUUUGCUAACUCUGGUGCUAUAAAUUGCUUUCAGUGUCCGAAGGGAGCAUUAUCAGGGAAGAGGUUGUGCUGUGAACACGUCUUAAGUUGUUGCAGAACGCUUUGAAGCCAGAAUGUCAGAAGCAAAGGACCUGUUGUCUAUUAGUGACUUCUAUGCACAGAAAACAGUAUUUAUCACAGGGGCUACUGGAUUUCUUGGUAAAGUUGUGAUAGAAAAACUUCUGAGGGCAUGUCCUCGUGUUAAAAAGAUUUAUCUCCUGGCCAGAAGCCGACGUGGUGUUAGCCCCCAACAAAGAAUUGAUGAUCUGUUAGAUGGAAUGCUCUAUGACACAGUUAGAGACAUGGGAGGUGACUGGAGAAAUAAACUUGUGCCCAUCAAGGGUGACAUUGCAGAAGAUAAACUUGGAAUGUCAGAUGAGGAUUGGAAAAUGCUUCAAGAAAAUGUUGAAAUUGUAUUCCACUCUGCAGCAACAGUCAGAUUUGAUGAAGAUCUAAAGGAUGCAAUGACUUUAAAUUUGUAUGGAACUCAAAAUGUCAUCGGGUUGUGCCGUGGAAUGAAACGGCUUGAGGUCUUGGUUCAUGUUUCCACAGCAUAUGCUAACUGUGACAGAGAAGUCAUUGAAGAAAGAAUCUACUCUCCUUCAGUAGAUCCUGACAAGCUUUCCUCCUCUAUUGGGUGGAUGAAUGAUGACAUGGUGAAUUCUCUCACACCACAUUUGAUUGGCAAGCGACCCAACACAUACACUUUCACCAAAAGUCUGGCGGAGCAUGUCUUACUGAAAGAGGCUGACAACAUCCCAAUAGCAAUUUUCAGACCUUCAAUCAUUGGUGCAGCUUGGAAAGAACCCUUGGAAGGUUGGAUUGACAAUUUCAAUGGACCUAGUGGUCUGUUUGUUGCUGCUGGAAAGGGAAUGCUGCGGUCAAUGAUUGGAGAUUUGAAUGCCAUUGCAGAUAUAAUCCCUGUGGACUACUCAGCCAAUAUGUUGCUUGCUAUUGCUUGGCACAGAGUUGCAAAAAGUCAUUCAAGUAUUCCAGUCUAGCAUCUAACCACAGGCUUGUUAAAUGGAUGCACAUGGGGCAAUUUGUGUACCAUGAUUAGCAAGCAUUUUGAGAAUUAUCCUUUCGAAGGAGUGUUCAGGAGACCAAACUUUGCUUUUGAGCAAAGAAAAUUGAUCCAUUACUACUGGUGCUACAUUGGUCACAAAAUCCCUGCCUUCAUUGCUGACAUGGGGUCUUUUUGUUCUGGGCAGAGACCAAGAAUGAAUAAGUUGUAUGGCAAGUUGGACAGGGCAACCAAGAGCUUAAUCUUCUUCACUUCCAGAGGAUGGGAGUUUUCAAUGGAUAACUAUCAUGGAUUGAUCCAGGAUAUGAGUCCUCAGGACAGAGAGACUUUCAACUUUGACGUUCAGAAGUUGGAUUGGAACAAUUAUUUUUUACACUUUAUUCUCGGUCUGAAGAAGUUUGUUCUCAAAGAAGACAUGGCCAAUCUUCCUGUUGCUCAAAGCCGCAUUCGUAGAUUGCGGAACAUUCGUUGGUCGAUGUACUUUUGUUUGUUCUUUUUUUCGUCAUGGCUCAUUAUCAAGAGGUUCCCGGCCGCACAGACUGCUUGGGCCCAGUGCUUAUCAGGUGUGCACAAGCUGGCGAUUGCUCUGGAACCGUUCAAGCUCUCUAAUUGAGCGUCCCCACGUGUCGCUGGAAUUAGUAUCAAGCACUUUAAAUUCAAGCGGAUAAUUUGCAAACCUAUUCGUGAAUAUUUUCAUGGAAUACGGGCUUUGUAGGCCUCAAAUCGUACAUUUGUAAACUGAAAGAAUAAUGCUACUCGUAUUGUACGUUUCCCGAGACCAAAAAAAAUUGUAAUGUUGAUAUAAAUUCUGAAAUUUACGCUUUAAAACUCUUUUAUUUAUGAUUUCUUGUUAGAAUAGAUUAAUAAAGUGGUUGAUUGUAUACACAGGGCUGAACGUCCUCUUUAAAUUGUGAAUCUACCAAAAUGAAUUCCAUAGUAGUUCCAAGAAAUUGUAUGUUAAGAUUCAGGAUAGUUUUCGUGUGACUGCAAUGGAAACGAAUAAUUUUGAUAGAGUUGUUAAGAAUUGCUCAUGGCUCUGUCUGGGCUAUUUCAGGAAGAUAAUAGUGAUUUGAAUUUGUAAUUGUAGGUAUUUGAUACAUGUUGAUUUACAUUAAACAAAACGGACGUUUUUUUGUGAUUACUGAAUUAAGAUAUGUGAACUAUUUUUUGCCGUAACAUGUAACAGAUCGUACUUCUCACAACACGUGACCAAUUUGUAGCAAAUAAGUUUUGUCUUGUACACAACUCCUGUUCUAGCAGGGGUUUUGCUGUUAGUAAAGAGGAAACUCUAGUAAGUUAAGGGAGGGUUUCAUGAGAAAACAACUGUUUGACAUAUUAACUAAUCAGUUGGCAUGUAAAGUUGGUUGAAAGGUCACUAAGUCUCCGAGGGUAUUUAAAUUACUGUCAAGAGAACAAACUGUUUGAAACACGUAAUGCUGGUUCCUUGUUAACACAUGCAUGUAAAGAAAUAAUUAAGUCGGUUCGAUCAUUAAAUAAAGCUUGAACUUC